AUGUCAUCAGACGAGUUCUUUAUAAGGUCUCCAACAAAAAAAAGAGAUGUUAAGGGGAAAGGUGUUGUGACACCGAUAUCUGAUGGAAAAAGCGAAAAUAAAGAGCAUAACAAUAAGGAAUCAUCUUGGAAUAAACAGUUAAACCAUCCUCAGUUCCAGAAUACCUUAGCUAAAUAUGCUAACAACACCAGGAUUUUUCAAGCUGGAGAAUUUGAGCAUACUGUACCUUCAAUGUAUGAUGUUGUAUAUUCUCACUAUGCAGAGUUUAACAAGAAAAUAGUAUCGUUAUCAACAAUCGAGUGGGGAGAUGUAUCAUUAAGGGUAGGCGCUUCAUCUGACAUAAGCAAGAAGUAUAUGCUCUAUAGUGCUGUCGAAUCAAUAAGUCAAAGUCAUCCUAUGUGUUUGGGUAUCAUGGAUUGUGAUCUCUUUACAAAAGAUGAUGAAAAAACAGUAAAUUAUAAUUUACAAUUGAUGAACAAACUUAAAUUCACAAAACGGAAUAAAAACAGACAAUGUGGGAAUGUUCAUUUUAUUAAAUGUAUUUCACAUCAUGAUAAUGAACCAAUUCAACAAGCAAGGCUCCUAAACUUGGAUACUAUUAUCACAAGUGGAAAUAAACGGAUUUAUGAGUGGAGUGUCAAAACAAAAAAUGACACGUUAGCAGGAGAAACAGUUCAUUUAAUUUGUAUAUUUGAUAGACAAAUUUCUGCUCGAACAUUUGUGGUGGACAAUUCUGAUAAUGAUAAUAUCGGUCCAGGCUUGUCAAUUGAUAAAAAUCAACGUUUAAUUGUCAACGGAGCAUUAACCGGACACCUUGUAGUUUGGGAUUCGUAUGGAUUUGGACCCUAUCACAGCUCAGCUGCGUUUUAUCCAAAGUUUUCCACAAAGAUCGUUGAAGAUCCCAUUGCUGACAAAAUUCUUGCUGUUGAUUUCAGUACAAUUACCAAUGAGAUUUGCUGCACUACUAGUGGAGGUGAUAUCAAAAUUUGGGAUUAUCGUAAUAAUAAUGUUCAAAAGGCUCACAAUGUGGCUAUAACUAGUUGUCACUGGAAUCCUCAUGAUAAACAUUACUUUUUAACAGCUGAUGAGACUGGAAGUAUCAAAUAUUGGGAUGCAAGAUCAAUGCGUAGUCUAAUUGGAUUAUUACAAGCAAGUUAUUCAGUUGAUAGAUCAUUAAAAACUUUUAAAAAACAUGACAAGCGCGUGAACAAAGUAAUGUGGUCUCCAUAUUCUUCUGACACAUUUGCAAGUUGCUCAGAUGAUAGUUUAGUUAUCCUUUGGAAUGCUAAAAAGACCGAUAAUCGACUUGGUGGCGCAUUCUUCAAGCAUAUAGGUCACCGUACUAGAGUUGCUGACAUCGCAUGGCAUCCUGAUGAUGCAUUCAGUAAUACCAUUGCAUCUGUAUCCACUAGCUUGAGCGCCUCUAAUAAUAAUACCAAAAUCAAGCCAAGUCUAGUUCAAGUUUGGCGGCCUAAAAAAAUCUUUUUUGAGAUGGAAAUUCCUAAAUAA